AAAGAAAAGCCACUUUGAAGGAGUUCUAUGGUGUGGUCUUUCCCUCUUUAUUGCAACUUCACAGAGGAGUCAGUGAUGUUGAAGACCGGAAACAAAAACAUCUGUGUGCUACCAAGUAUAAGCGCAAAGAUUUGACAAGCAAAGGAAAGCUUUCUGAAAUUGACAGAGAGAGAGAAGAAGAGUGUGGUAUUUGCAUGGAGAUGAACAACAAGGUUGUAUUGCCCAAUUGCAGUCAUUCAAUGUGUAUGAAAUGCUACCGAGACUGGCGUAGAAGAUCUAAAUCUUGCCCUUUCUGUCGGGACAGUUUGAAAACAGUAAAUUCUAAUGACCUUUGGAUCUACAUUAGCAGCAGUGAGAUAAAUGACUUGGCUUCAAUCAACAAGGAGAAUUUGAAGAGACUAUUUAUAUGGUUGGUGUUUGUUUGAAAUAGGCAUGCACCUAAACACGAGGCCAAUCAGCUUUCUUUGGAACUGUACUAAAAAGUUUGUCACGGCUGGGCUCAUUACAGUGACUGUGUCUGAUCGUUAUGCGACUGUUAUUCCAGUUAGAGGUGGCUCUAUGUCUCCCACCUUUAAUCCUAAAGCCGGUUCUUUGACGGAAGAUUUUUUUGAUGACUAUGUCUUGGUUGAAAAAUUUUGCCUCCAUAACUACAAAUUUUCUCAUGGCGAUGUGGUGGUCUUCCGAUCGCCAUUGAAUCACAAGGAGACACACAUAAAGAGAAUAGUUGCGUUACCUGGUGAAUGGUUUGGCAAUUAUCAUAACCAUGAUGUGGUGAAGAUUCCAGAAGGACAUUGUUGGGUUGAGGGGGACAAUGCUGCUUCUAGCAUGGAUUCGAAGUCAUUUGGACCUAUUCCUUUAGCUCUAGUUCGAGGAAGGGUUACGCAUGUUGUGUGGCCUCCACAAAGGAUAGGAGCUGUCAAGAGUACUUAAAUCAGAAGGAUUAUCUUCUUUGUAGUUGAAUCCCAACUCUAUUGUUUGGCCUCCUAAAAGAGUAGGUGCUGCGAAAUCAUUCUUUACUCAACUUGUGUCAUCCUGGAGGAGAGUUACUUUACCUAUUUGUUGAUUGGAAUACUGUAAACCUUGAAUCCGUCAAGUGUUGAUUACAGUCUAGGCCACCUAACCUUACAGUUGUGUUUGGAUGAAAAUUUUUAAAAUCUAAAAAAUAGAAAAUCAAUAAUGAGGGAUGU